ACGUGUUCGGGAAGGAGGUGUGGGAAGCGCGUGUACACCGUCUAUAUAUACACACCAACCCAGCCACCGGCUCCCGAGAACCCACGGAUCCCAGGAAUCCCAGGAGCCGGCAGCCGACAGCACACCGCAGGCGCUGCCGGGGGGCCGGUGCCGCCAUGAGGGCCGUGCUCUGGGACCUGCUGCUGCUCUGCCUGUUCGCCCGGGCGCGGGGGGACUGCCGGGGGGACUGUCUGCACUGCGACCGUCAGCUCUAUCGCGACUCCUUCGACGUCCUCAUCUGCAUCCUGGAGUGCGAGGGCGAAGCCGUGCCGCGGGCCACCUGGGAGCUGUGCGCCGCCGCCAGCCGGGCGUCCCCGCGCGCCCGCGACCUCGCCGCCGAGCCGUGGCCCGGCCUGGCGCCGGAGAACCCCCCGCGGCGCCGCGACGCCGACGGAGCCGCACCGGGAGCCUUCCCGCAGCCUCCCGAGGACAUUUCCCGCCGGCUCGGGCUGGGCUGGCGAGCGGCGCCGGCGGCCAAGGGGGUGCAGAAGCGGUACGGGGGCUUCAUCGGGGUCCGCAAGUCGGCGAGGAAGUGGAACAACCAGAAGAGGUUUAGCGAGUUCCUGAAGCAGUACCUGGGAAUGUCGCCGCGCUCCACGUUCCGGCACCGCAUCCCAGCACCACCUUCCGCCCGGCACAGGCAAAAUUAACCUCCCGUCCACCCCACCAGCAGCUCCAUCCUCUCUCUCUGCCGGACCCCAAAGCGCUUCCGACUCGCACGCGUCCCGAAAAUCACUUUGCUCUUCACCCACUAAAGCCACAUUUAAACCAGGACCCGACGAAUUUUCGGCCUCCGCCGGCGACGGGAGCGAGAUUCCACGGGGAGGGGAGGGAGGGAGGGAGGAACCCGCCGGGGGUCGGGAAUGGGCGGGAAUUGGAACAUAAUGAGGGGAAAAAAAACGGGAUUUUCGCCGCCCCGCCCCGAAAAAAAUUGGAUUAUUUCGGGUUUUUUUAUUUAGUUUUGGUUUAAUUGAGGAAACACCACCUUGGAUUCAGCAGGAAAUCAGCCCCCUACUCUCAUUCCCAGUGCCUUCCCAGCACUGGCUUUUGGCCUCCCAUGGGAUUUAUUCCCAACUUUUUGGGGUGCUGAGUCACGUCCCGCUGUGGCUCCAUCCCCACGGUGGAGAACGACCCCCACCCAGCGCCCAAAACCGCCUGGAAUUCCUUAUUUCUCCUAACCCUGAUCCUAAUCCUUUAAUUUCUUCCCCCCACACCCCUUUUCUCCCCGCGUUUUUCCCGUUUUUCCGAGCGUUUCCCUUGGAAUUUCACGGAACCUCCGGGGUUGAUUUCUUGGCUCGUGUUCCCCUCCCCCUCCGUCCCGCGGAUCCCAAUCCCCGCGCCGGGAAUGUGGGAUUUUUUUCCCUCGUCGCUCCCAGAGGGGGGGGGGACCGAUUCCCUCUUGCCUAAAAUUCGCUCUCCCCCCCCAAAAAAAUUCCAAACCUAAUCCCGGGAGCGACCCCGCCUUGGGGGUCUCACCCUCCUUCGCCGUUUGUAUAAAAAAAACCCCCAAAAAUAUAAUAAUCCCUCUGGAAAAAAACAAAAAACAAACAACAAAACAAACCAGGAAAAAAAAACCAAACCAACAAAAAAGAGGAUAAUUCCGAGCUCUUGUUCUUUUUAAUUGUUUCAUACAACGAUUUCUCCAUUAAACUUGUACAUAGCAAAAA